CUCAGAAAUUAUGAAUUAGAGAACUUGACAGGUCUAUCAAUUUAUAUCAGGAUCUAAAAACACAUCAAAAAGAAGCUGAAAAUGGAGGUAUCUUUGAUACGAAACAGGCAAUAAAAGAGACAAAGACGAUACGAAUCAGCACACGCUAGAUACUGCAAAUAGAUUAGCCACUAUCUUGCAAGAAAUUCCGGGUCUAAACCUGGCUUCUUUGCGUCUUUGGUCAUUUACGAAGUGGCCCCCAAGAGGACCUGGGUCAACACACCCGUGCACCAGACUUUUGUAGGUGAUCGGGACUGUAGAAGUUGCAGCAUUUUUGCAGACGUUCGUGAUAGAUCAUGUUCGUAAACGGCAGUUCAAUUGCAAAACAACGUCUCCUAUCGACCCGUGUUUUGCCGAAGGCCCAAACGAGUUUCCGGUGGUCCAGACGUAUGGCUACGUCAUGAUGCAGUGUGCAGUCCGCGAUGACGAAAUGCUUUGGAUUUUUUUUCCUCAGCCUAAAUCCGGAAAUUUCGGGUCAAACGAGCGGCGAUAGCGCUGGGCAGAAAGCAGGAGGCAGGGACGGUCUUAUCGUGGCUUGCACGUCGGGAAUGCCAGCCCUGGAUUACAGACUUUGCAGGGUGUGGGGACGGCCCCGUGUAAAGUGCAGCAUAGACAGUGUAAAUUCCAGCACGGGCCCAUGGGGCUGAGGCGCCUACAAGGAAAUGCGCACCAGGCAGUCCGGCAAGCCGGCGUGUGAUUUCAGUUUGGACAGGUGUCUAGCC